UUUUACAGCCUACCUACAUAAAGAAAUUUCGAACCAAAUACUGGAAGAGAUGUCAGAAGAUUCAGAAAAGGAAGACUAUUCAGACAGAACAAUCAGUGAUGAAGAUGAAUCAGAUGAGGAUACCUUGAUGAAAUUUUUAAGUGAAGAUAUCCAUCGGUGUGCACUUUUAACAGCCAACUCUAUUAGUCACCCAUUUUUCCCCCGGACUACACAGAUACUAUUGGAAUAUCAACUAGGCCGAUGGGUGCCACGUCUUCGUGAACCACGAGAUUUAUAUGGUGUCUCUUCCUCUGGUCCGCUGAGUGCAACACGGUGGCCGUACAACUUUGAGGUCAUUGAUGAAAAAGUCCAGCAUAUUGAUUGGACUCCUUCUUAUCCUGAGCCAUUAUACCUCCCAACAGGCCUGGAGAUGGAACCUCUUUAUCCAAACUCCAAGGAAGAUACUGUGGUUUAUCUAGCUGAAGAUGUUUACAAAGAGCCUUGUUUUGUGUAUUCCCGAGUUGGGGGCAACCGAACACCCCUGAAGCAGCCUGUGGAUAACUGUGACAAUACUUUGAUGUUUGAAGCAAGGUUUGAGAGUGGUAAUCUCCAGAAGGUAGUCAAAGUGGCAGAAUAUGAAUACCAGUUGACUCUGCGCCCUGACCUCUUCACAAAUAAACACACUCAGUGGUACUAUUUCCAAGUCACUAAUACCCAAGCAGGAAUAGUCUACAGAUUCACUAUUAUCAAUUUCACCAAGCCCGCUAGUCUUUACAGUCGGGGUAUGCGCCCACUGUUUUAUUCUGAAAAAGAGGCCAAGUCUCAUAAUAUUGGCUGGCAGAGAAUAGGAGACCAAAUCAAGUAUUAUAGGAACAAUCAGGGACAAGAUGGGCGCCAUUAUUUCUCUCUUACAUGGACAUUUCAAUUUCCACACAGCAAAGAUACCUGCUACUUUGCUCACUGCUAUCCAUACACUUACACCAACCUGCAAGAAUAUCUUUCUAGCAUCAAUAAUGACCCAGUACGGUCAAAGUUUUGUAAAAUACGUGUCUUGUGCCACACGAUUGCUAGGAAUAUGGUGUAUGUUUUAACGAUCACUACCCCAUUGAAGAACACUGACUCAAGAAAGCGAAAAGCUGUGAUUUUGACUGCACGAGUACAUCCAGGAGAAACCAACAGCUCUUGGAUCAUGAAAGGCUUCCUAGAUUAUAUUUUAGGAAACUCAAGUGAUGCACAGUUGCUUCGGGACACUUUCAUCUUCAAGGUGGUACCCAUGCUGAAUCCAGAUGGUGUGAUUGUGGGAAAUUAUCGGUGUUCCUUAGCUGGACGGGAUUUAAACCGUAACUAUACAUCUCUCCUAAAGGAAUCAUUUCCUUCUGUUUGGUAUACCCGGAACAUGAUCCGUAGACUGAUGGAGAAACAAGAGGUUAUUUUAUAUUGUGACCUUCAUGGCCAUAGUAGGAAAGAGAACAUCUUCAUGUAUGGCUGUGAUGGUAGGGGUAGAUGUAAGGCGUUAUACUUACAGCAACGAAUCUUUCCACUUAUGCUGAGCAAAAACUGUCCAGAUAAAUUUUCAUUCUCAGCUUGCAAGUUUAAAGUUCAGAAGAGCAAAGAGGGAACAGGAAGAGUAGUAAUGUGGAAAAUGGGAAUCAGGAACAGCUUUACCAUGGAGGCCACUUUUUGUGGAUCUACUCUGGGUAAUAAACGAGGCUCUCAUUUCAACACAAAAGACUUGGAGUCAAUGGGAUAUCAUUUUUGUGAUUCUCUCUUGGACUACUGUGAUCCAGACCGAACCAAAUAUUAUCAGUGCCUGAAAGAAUUAGAAGAAAUGGAAAAACAUAAAAACUUGGAAAAAGUCCUUGAUGAUUCAGAUACUUCUCUGAGAGAAAUUACAUUGGAUCUAGAGUCUAGUAGCCGAGGCUCUGACAGUUCAGAAUCCAGUGACUCGCAGACUUGUCUUCUCAAGUUAACUUGUCAGAAAAAACAUCUGAAAACAAAGAAGGAAAGAAAUUCUACCACAGCAAGCCAUCAAAAUGCCAGAGAAGAGCAACAGGUUUAUGAUAAAGGACAUUUAGUACAAAGACAUAAAGAAUCAAAUUCUGAUGUGAAAGAUACAAGGCCAAAUGUAUCAGAUGAUUAUAUAUUUGAUUAUUUCAGAAGACAGUUCCCUAAUAAAGGUUUGGAUCUGCACCACAACUUAAAAAGCAAAAUGAAAGAAUGUACAUCUUUCCAAAGCAAAAAGACUGGAGUAAAUUGGACAGAUGAUGAAAAAAGAAUCUACAGGGAUAAAAGAAUAGCUCAAACUCAAGAAAUAUUGCAGUAUUUGCUCCCUAUUAUGGAAAGCACUAAAAACAUGCGAACCGCUCAGAUAAAACAGAUAUUCAAUCCAAGAACCAACUUCCAAAUCCAACAUGAACUAAAGCCAGCUACUUACAUAAAUACAAAGAGAUACAGCACUUCUUGGACACCACCCAGAAAUCCUCCUUUUAUAAGCCAAAGGAAUCUUAUGCUGAGCUCUUCGGAAAGGCUCCAGUGUGUGUCCCAGAGGUCAUUUGAAAGUUUGUCACCUCUCAAAGGGCCCAGGAAGAGGAAAAAACAUUCUCAAAUCAAGGCCACGAAGACUAAAGACAUGAACCCUGUCAGCAGCAAAUGGGAGACUAUACUCUCAAGUUUUGAGAAGGAUGCAAGUAUUACCAAAGACAAGAAUCUUCAAGCUGAAGCAUCCAACCAGCAAAGUUCUAUGCAAAUAACCCCCCAUCUAACUAAAAAUAAGGAGGAGCAACCAAACAAGAAUGAUGGACACACUUUGGAGUGAUGUCACAUUCCAAAGCGACAAAUAAUCUAGCUUUAUGCUGCUCUGAAGACUGUGGGUGAAAGAUAACAUAUGCUUACAUAGUAAAAAGAAAAAAAAAGCACUCCCCAUCCCUCUAUCCCUAUUCCUCCCGCUACACAUGCAUAUGCAUAUACUAAACUAGAAAUUCUGGAUAUCCCAUCUUCUUUAGUGGGAACAUCUUUCAGAGAUUUAAAAAGAAAUCCAGAGAAAAUAUAGAAAAUUUUAAAUCAUUUAGAUAUUUAUAUUUAAUUUUUACCAAGAUAGAAAAAAAAAUCUUGGAAAUUUUGAUUUCUUUCAAAAUCACUUAUUCGUACAACACCAAGAACUCAAGGAAGGAAUGACAUGUACUAACACUGACUUUAAUGUUCCUAAAGUUAGGCACUUUAAUGAAUCAGUCAACAAGCACCAUUUCCUGAAUUUCUGUUAUAUCUGUAGUGUGCUAGAAACCAUUAGUGAUAUGAAAGGCAUUUCUCCCCAAAGAUUACUGAUUAAUUGUACAUAUAAAACACAUGACUAAAAUAAUUACAGA